AUGGCGCCGAAGCAGAAGAAGGGGGACUCUGACGUCGUGGACGAGGCGCGUCUGCGUAUCGCCAUCGUGAACGCAGACCGCUGCAAGCCGAAGAAAUGCCGCCAGGAGUGUAAGCGGAACUGCCCCGUGGUUCGAACGGGCAAGCUCUGCAUCGAAGUCGAGCCGACCUCCAAGAUCGCCUUCAUCUCCGAGCCGCUCUGCAUUGGGUGCGGUAUCUGCGUGAAGAAGUGCCCGUUCGAGGCCAUCGCCAUCAUCAACCUGCCCAAAGACUUGGGAAAAGACGUUACGCACCGCUUCGGUCCCAACUCCUUCAAACUCCACAGACUGCCCGUCCCCCGACCUGGGCAGGUGCUGGGUUUGGUAGGAACGAAUGGUAUCGGCAAGUCCACUGCUCUGAAGAUCUUGUCGGCGAAGCUGAAGCCCAACUUGGGCAACUACCAGAACCCGCCCGAGUGGCAAGAAAUCCUCGCCUACUUCCGUGGCAGCGAACUGCAAAACUUUUUCACACGCAUGCUCGAGGAAGACCUCAAAGCCAGCAUCAAGCCGCAGUACGUGGAUCACGUCCCCAAGCAGGUCAAGGGCACGGUCGGCGACGUAGUGCGCCGCAAGGAUGAGACGGGGCGGGGCGACGAGCUCAUGAAGGACAUGGAGCUUGAUCAUCUGGUUGACCGCGAAAUCGCGAACCUCUCGGGUGGAGAGCUCCAGCGCUUCUGCAUCUGCGUUACGGCGAUCCAAAAGAACAACGUCUACAUGUUCGAUGAGCCGUCCUCUUACCUCGAUGUGAAGCAGAGGCUGAAGGCUGCCCUGGUCAUUCGAUCGUGCCUCAAGUUCGACAACUUCAUCAUUGUCGUUGAGCACGAUUUGUCUGUCCUCGACUACCUGUCGGACUACAUUUGCUGCCUCUGGGGCAAGCCCGGCGCGUACGGAGUGGUGACCAUGCCCUUCAGCGUGAGGGAAGGCAUCAACAUUUUUUUGGACGGUUUCGUGCCGACUGAGAACUUGCGGUUCCGCGACGAAAGUCUCAACUUCAAGCUCGCCGCCGACCAAGAUAUCCUCCCCGAAGAGAUCCAGCGCCUGCACUUCUACGAGUAUCCGGCGAUGACCAAGACAAUGGGAACUUUCAAACUCCGCGUCGAAAGCGGCCACUUCAGCGACAGUGAAAUCCUCGUCAUGCUGGGACAGAACGGUACCGGCAAGAGCACACUGAUUCGCAUGCUGGCGGGUCUGUUGAAGCCCGACGAGGAGGUGGAGCUCCCCAACUUGCACGUGAGCUACAAGCCGCAGACGAUUACUGCCAAGUAUCAGGGAACUGUCAGGGAGUUGUUCUUCGCGAAGAUCCGCGAGUCGUUUAAUCACCCGCAGUUCCAGACCGACGUGGUGAAGCCGCUGCAGCUGGAGACGAUCAUGGAUCAAGACGUCCAGCAUCUGUCCGGAGGAGAACUGCAGCGCGUCGCCCUGAUCGUCGCCUUGGGAAAACCGGCAGACAUCUACCUCAUCGAUGAGCCCUCGGCCUACCUGGACUCCGAGCAGCGUAUCAUGGCCGCCAGAGUCAUCAAGAGAUUUAUCUUGCACGCAAAGAAGACGGCGUUUAUCGUUGAGCACGAUUUUAUCAUGGCUACCUACCUGGCGGACCGCGUCAUCGUAUACGAGGGAGAGCCCGGUGUGGAUUGCACGGCUCUCUCGCCCGACAACCUCGUCAGCGGCAUGAACCGCUUUUUGAAGUCUCUCCAGAUUACCUUCCGCCGAGACCCGACGAACUUCCGCCCUCGCAUCAACAAGCUCGAGAGUGUGAAGGACAAGGAACAGAAGUUGCUGGGCAAUUACUUCAUGCUUGACGACGCCUGA